AUGCAUAAUAGUAAAAAUGAUGAACGACGAUCAUUCAAUGUUCUUGGUAAACUAUUUCAUGUUCGUAUCGAUGAUCUUGUUCAGUAUCCAAAUACACUUUUAGCAGAUAGUCAACGUCUUCAAGCAUACUGGCGUCCUAGUCUAAAUGCAUAUUUUCUAUCACGUGAUGUUCAUAUGUUUGAACGUAUCAUUUUACCUUUCUAUACUUCUUCUAAAUCAUCCAAUAAAAUAAAACGUUUAUCAACAAUGUCAUUUUCUGACAAACUUUUUCGAGAAGAAUUAGAAUUUUAUAAUCUUUUAGAAUAUUAUCAGACAGAUGAUAAUUUAAAUUUCAUAUUUGAAUAUUAUACACAAUCAUCUUCAGUUAUUUCUCUCCUAUCUCGUUUGCUUAUUAGGAAAUGUAUUUGUUGGUGUAUAAUCGAUUGUGUAUCAUCUAUUGCUUGUGCAAUAGGAAUAUGUGAAAUAGUUCUAUGGCUAUGUCAUUAUCAACGUUCAAUAAAUCUACUUAUUGUAGAUAUAAUUAUUAGUCUAAUACUAUUAUGGACUCUAUUUUAUGAGCAAUAUUCUGAUAGAAUAUUACUUGAAAUUAAUUUUUAUAUGCGUAAUAAAUUUGAUGAAGAAGUGAAAAAUCAAAUUCGACGAAAAACAUCAAUGACUGAACGAUUUAUCAUAAUUGGUUCGUUUCAAAGUCCUGUUUUUAUUAUUCAACUUAUUUUUGCUUCUUUAUCUUUUAUUAUUACUUUAUUAUCUUACAAACGUAAAAAUACAUGGUAUUUUAUUCUGGGAUUAGCAUUUCGUCAUUUACUUCUUAUACGUUUAUGUUUAGCAGAAAUGUGUCAUAUAAUUGAUAUUCUUUCUUAUAGUGGACGUUCAUCAUUUCGUGUUUGUUCUCAUCUUCUUUUAUUUUUAGUUACUAUAUUAUUCAUAUGUAUUUGGAUUGGACUUACACUAUAUGUAACAGAUUCAAAUUCAACAAUCGAUCAACCAGUAAUUCUAGCUCCAUCACGUUAUGUUUAUUUCGUUUAUCAUAUUAUAUUGAAUGUUGGAUAUGGAGAUACAACAGAAAGAUCAAUUCUAUCCUUUAUUCUUAUCGUUGUGUUGACCCUUAUUACUUGUCCUCUUUUAAUCAUUAUCUAUCAAAAUUUCAUACAAGAAUUAAAUCUAGUAAUAACAAAAAUGAUUCAUGUUGAAACAUUUCAUCAUACAUCUUUUAUCAAAUAUUUAAUAACACAAAUAAAUAGAUAUCAACAUCGAAUGAUCCAUUAA